CGAGAAUGUGGCGCGCCUUCAAGCAUCGCCCAGCGGCGGCGGCGGCGACAUCGACUCUUCGCCAACGCUUCUUGUCGGCGGCAACAACAUCCUCGACGACGAAGCAUGGAACUCCCUUGGCGGAACGAUACGAAGUCGGAUCUGUGAUCCACGGCUUCCAAGUGCUCAAGAAGCAACCGAUCCCUGAGUACUCCGUGACAGCGUUGCAGCUGCAGCACAUUGCGACGAAAGCAGAGUAUCUCCACAUCGACACUGUGGACACGAACAACGUCUUCAGCAUCAACUUCCGCACCCCGCCAUACUCGUCCAACGGCAUCUCGCACAUCCUGGAACACCUCGUCCUGUGCGGCUCCAAGCGAUACCCCGUGCGGGAUCCGUUCUUCAACAUGCUCAAGCGCAGCCUGAACAACUUUAUGAACGCCAUGACGGCCAGCGACCACACCAUGUACCCGUUCGCCACGACCAACGCCAAGGACUUUGAGAACCUCCUCGCCGUGUACCUCGACGCGGCGUUCUUUCCGACGCUGAGUGCGUUGGACUUUUCCCAGGAAGGCCAUCGCGUUGAGUGGGAAAAUUCCCCACAACAGCAACAACAGCAGCUCCAGUACAAGGGUGUGGUUCUGAACGAGAUGAAGGGCGUGCUAUCCGACAGCCAAACGCUGUUCUCUACCCGACUGCAGACGGAACUCAUGCAUGGCUCCAUCUACGAGCACGUGAGCGGCGGCGAUCCAUCCACGGACUUGACGACGCUCACCCACGAUGAACUGGUCGAGUUCCACCGGUCCAAGUACCACCCGUCCAACUGCUUGUUUUACUCGUAUGGGAAUUUUCCCCUUGAAUCCCAUCUCGACACAAUCGCCACAUCGGUCUUAUCCCAGUUCUCUGAAACAACCAACCCUUCCCCACCCCCCGUGGUGAUUGCCCCGUUACCAGCGUCCAAUUUCAAACGGAUGGCUGGCGUCGUCUCUGAGCGCCACGUCACGGGCCCCGACGACGGGGUAAGUCCAACACCAGCGUCGCAAACCAAGUGGUGCCAUGCCCAUAUUGUACCUGAAUUGCUAAGUACCGACUUGUACGAGUGCUUUGUACUGCGUCUGCUGUCGUAUUUACUACUCAAUGGCCCAUCGGCGCCGCUCUAUCAAGCGCUUAUUACGUCGGAAUUGGCCGUGGACUUUGGCCCUGGCACUGGAUUCGAUACAUCUACCGUCAAUCCGACGUUUGGGGUGGGCGUUGAAGGAUUUGAAGAUUUGGACACGAUCAAACGCUCCAUUCAAGAUACGUUGGUCCAAGUCGUCCAAGACGGAUUUGAUCAUGCGCGCAUCGACGCCGUAUUGCAUCAAAUUGAAUUGAGUCAAAAGCACAUUGUCGGCCGGUUUGGCAUGUCGUUGCUCCGUGGUGUCACGAGCACAUGGUGCCACCGCGGCAACUACCUCGACGCCCUCUCCAUCCAUCCGUUUCUCGAUCGAUUCCACGCCGAUAUGGCAGCGAACCCGCGGUUUCUGCAAGAGAUGCUAGACAAGUACAUUGUACAGCCUCAUUUACGCUCGGGCGUGGCGCUGGUCAUGACACCAUCCACUUCGUUCGUGUCAGAUCAACAAGCCAAUGAACGCCGUGAAUUGGAUUUAAUAGCUGAGACUCUGACCCCCAAACAACGAAAAGCCAUCGAAAUUCAAGCGGAAACUCUGGCGGACCAUCAGAAGCAAACGCCAGACGUCCACUGCCUUCCUACCCUCACUCUGCACGACAUUCCUGUGGACCAGCCCCGCUUGGAUGUCGAAUAUCGUGCGGCUUCUGAUAUCCAAUUUAUACCCCAAACCACCAACGAACUCACGUACAUACGCAUGAAAUUUGACAUUUCCGCCGUGCCCGAGGACCUCCGCUGGUUUAUUCCUCUCUUUUCAGCCAUGUUGGGCCAACUAGGAACGUCCAAAUAUAAGUUUGACGAAAUUGGUACUGUACUGCAGACAGUCAGUGGUGGCGUCAGUUGCAGCCAUCUCAUUCUACCAGACACUCACGACACUUCGUGCUACUCUGAAGCGUUGGUGGUCGAGACGCUGUGUUUACCCCACCAUGUAUCGAAUACCCUUAGAAUUCUCGAGCAAUUGUUUGCCGAUACCCAGUACACAACCCCCCCCAACCUGGCCCAGAUCAAAUCAUUGGUCCUGAGUGCAUCUGCGGCCGCCAAUGCCAGCAUCGCAUCCACCGGCCACUCUCUCGCAGCGUAUCGGGCGGCCAUGGGGCUCACUUCGUAUGCGCCGGCGGUGGAAUCCGCGCGGGGUAUGACGUCCAUAGCGGCGCUUCAGCAGUGGGCCGACGCCAUCGAAGCCGAUCCCGCGGCGCUGGACGCUCUGGGCGCCAUCUUUCGGCGGUUGGCUGCGCUAACAUUUCGCCGAGAUCAGAUGGGGUUGUCUGUGGUCACAGAACCCCACCUUGUGACCCAAGUGGACGCUGAACUGGCCAAAAUGACGUGGCAGCACCAGAAACAAGAUGAUUUGGCCGGGAAGUUGGUACAUGGGGGGCUGUUGCCUCCAGUAUUGCCGACAAACAACCAACCCGACAAGAACGCUUUAUUGUUCUUUGGCUACCCCAGCCUCUCAGUGAACUUUAACGUCAAGACAUUUGCCAGUGUCCCACUCUUCCAUCCGGAUCAUCCGGCGCUCAGUGUACUCGGUCAAGUGCUGUCAUCGUGUUAUCUGCAUCAACAUGUACGCGAACGGGGCGGUGCGUACGGCUGCAGUGCCUCCCAGGGCGAGGGAGUCUUUACCAUGAGCUCGUACUUUGAUCCGCACACUUGCCAGACCUUGGACGCCUAUGCGGACGCCGUCGAGUUUGCCGUCGGCGGCCAUUUCACCGACGAAGACGUCCACCAGGCUCUUCUGGCGACCUUUUCCAGUAUCGACGCACCCCAAGCUCCGUCUGCCAAGGGCAAGGGGCUGUUUACGAGGGGAUUCACCCACGACAUGCUUCAAGCGCGUCGAUCGCAGCUGCUGGGUGUAACCAAAGCCGACCUCGUGCGAGUGGCGACAGAUCAUCUGGCCAAGGCCGCCAAGACCCAUGCUGUGGUUGUGGGCAAGGAAGAGAGCCGCCAAGAAUUGGUCCAUCGGGGCUUUGAAUAGAUAAAUAUACACACUGAAUGUAGAUAGAGAUAGAUAUACAUACCUGUUGUAAAUAAGCAAAAGCAUGCGAUGCAGGAUAACC